AUGGAAGAAGAGGUCCACCGGUAUCGCCGUUCGGCGACCCGUGACGGGCGAACCCUCUCGGAGUGGGUCCGCCAGAAGCAGCGCCGCGCCGCACGGGCCGAACCGUCGGGCAGCAUCAACCGACUGCCAGCCGAGAUCCGCGCCGCCGCGCGCCACGACUUUCCCACCGGGGACAUCGAUCGGAUGCUGCGCGAGAUCGAAUCGGGCCAUCGGACGUGA